AUUCACUCUGCCAAUAUGGGAGAAGGGCAGCACCACCAGCACCACCACAGGUCAACGCUGAAGCAGCAAAACAAAUCGUUUAAAUCUAAACACGCAACAAAAUCAUCGCUCAAGGACGCUGCAAAAGGUCGUGUGGCUCGUCAGUCACCAAAGACCGUGGUGUCAUCGAACACAGCCGCGCAAGCACGUCUGAACCGGAAAAAUAACGCAAAGCAACAGCAACUGAAGAAAAGAAAUGCCCUCAUCUCAGCAACUCGUGUAUUCAAUGGCGUCGAUGGUGCACCUCGGAUAGUCGCAGUCAUUCCCCUUUCAGAGGAUGUGAAUGUCCAUACCAUCGUUUCUUCCCUUGCAGAAUCCCUGGACGUAUCGACCGACAACUUUGUAGAAGAGGGACUCUGGAAAAUGAGGGCCGACCGCUUUAAAACAUCGUUACAGUUCGUAAACGUGCCAUACAGACACAUAUAUGCCGCCCUGGACGCCUGCAAAGUGGCCGACUACGUUGUCUUUGCAUUGUCGACCACCGUUGAAGUCGACGCUUGGGGUGACACCCUCCUUCGUGCCCUUCAAGCCCAGGGAUUACCGGACGUCGUAACUGUAGUCUCCCCUGACUCCUUGAUUGACGUCAAAACUCGUCCAGGCAUCAUCAAGUCUUUGCUCUCUUUUAUUCAAUAUUUUGUCCCUGUUCAAUCAAGAGUGUUCGACUUGGAAUCUGGCUCUGACCGUCUGAAUGCCCUGAGAGCCUUGUCAGAGGGCAAGCCUGCUGACGUUCGGUGGCGAGAAGGUCGGUCUUGGGUGCUCGGUGAAAACCUAGCCUGGAACGAAGGCACUCUACAGGUCACUGGUAUAGUUCGUGGCAGCAGCAUGUCUCCUAACAGGCUCGUGCACAUACCGAACUUCGGAGAUUUUCAAAUUUCUAAGAUCAUGUCGGCACCGCUAUCUCGACAUUCAAAAUCAAAUCAUGCUUCUAUGGAUAUUGGGCCAGUCCAUCUUGCCGAACCCGAACCCUCAUCAGCAGAUUCAUUAGUAUCUUGCAAUGACCCCGAUGAUAUGGCCAACGAACAAACCUGGCCAACCGAAGAAGAAAUGAGUGGCGCUUACAAUAAUGAGGACGGGGAGUACAACCUGCCUGAUGCCAAAUUAGGUACAACACCAAAGGUUGUCAAGCGCAUACCGAAAGGCAUGAGCGAGUACCAAGCAUCGUGGAUCGUGGAUGAGAGCGAUAAUGAAGAGAAUGAAGGCGACGACGAUGGCAAAGAAGACGAUGAGAUGGAAAUGGCAGGUGCCGAAGAGGAGAUGGUCGACAUGCCCAUAGAUGAAGAUAAUGAUAUAGAGACUGAUGCUCGACGGAGUGUCACUUUUCAAGAUCUAGAUCAUGAGGAGGAAUCAAAACAGUUGCAGUCUUGGAGGAACCGAGAGCGAGAAGAAGAGAAUGACCUCUCGUUUCCAGAUGAACUUGACACCCCCCAAGACGUGUCUGCCCAAACACGUUUCCAGAGGUUUCGCGGUAUGCGGUCUUUCCGAACGAGUCCCUGGGAUCCAUUUGAAAACCUUCCUCGGGACUACGCGCGGAUCUUUCAAUUUGAAGACUAUAAACGGACGGAACGGAACGUCAGACGACGCGCAGAGCAGGAAACUACGGUCGUGGAGCCGGGUACCAGGAUUACGCUUUACAUUAACGGAGUGCCAGAGGAAGCAGCGAAGUGCUCUCCAUUGACUCUUUUCUCUCUUUUGCAGCACGAGCACAAGGUUUCAGUGCUUAAUUUUACUGUCCAACGGAAUACCGAGUACGAUAGAAGCGUUCGGUCUAAGGACCCUUUGAUUCUGUGUGUGGGACCGCGGCGACUAAAUGUAAACCCUAUCUAUAGCCAACACACACGAGGUGGUGGUAAAGGCUCUAACAACGUGCAUAAAUUUGAGCGAUUCUUCCGGCAUGGCAUUACAGUGGUCGCCACCAUUUAUGGGCCAGUGGUAUUUGGGAAGCAGCCCUGCGUCCUCCUGAGGGAGACUUCGGAUCCGCAGGCUCCACACCUUGUGGCCAUGGGUACCUUCCUUAAUCCAGAUACGACGCGUGUCAUCGCGAAGCGUGCCAUUCUAACGGGGCAUCCAUUUAAAGUACACAAAAAGACGGCAACGGUCCGGUAUAUGUUCUUCAAUUCUGAUGACAUCCACUAUUUCAAACCGAUACAGCUACAUACCAAGCACGGCCGUAUAGGUCAUAUACGGGAAUCUCUCGGAACCCAUGGUUAUUUCAAAGCGCACUUCGAUGGACCUAUCAAUCAGAUGGACACUGUAUGUAUGUCUCUUUACAAGCGCGUUUUUCCCAAGUGGGCGACGAUGUGGGAAGAGCCAGAGAUUGGACAGGAUAAACUAUCAGAUGCUAUGGAAGAAUAAUAGUAGGUCUAAUACGCGUUCUUGUUCUUGUACCCCAUUUGUCCUAUAGUUCUACUCACUAGGUUGGCUCGGAGCACCCAAAAUUCACUCCGUGCGUCGAUUAUAGAACUCAAUUUGAUUCGUCGCAAAUGUGAUAACCUUGUGACCAAAAUAUGCAGCAGGAUGCAUGUCAACGGCAAAAUCACUACUGCAUAGAAUUGCUGCGGAUCCGCGAGAACGAUCUGGUG